CAAUGCUACCUCUUUCAGUGACAAUGGUCUUUUUUGUGUUCAAUUCUAGAUUGCCCAGAUGGAACAACUUUCGGCAAGAAAUGCAUAUACAAAUGCAAGGACGGGACAAAAGCAGUUGGUAGUGGUGCAGAACUCUCUGUCACCUGUGAAGCUGAUAGCAUGUGGUCCCCUAUCACAAUCUUCUGUCGUAGGAUCUGCCUCCUUCCCCCCACUCCACCCCACUCUAGGCUUCUUUCGAAGGACUGCCACAAGGGUAAACCGUUCAUGCCAGGCGAGUCGUGCAAGUAUCGAUGCAAGCCGGGGUACCGACCCUCAGGGCUGUAUACCAGAGAGUUGUAUCGGAAGGGUGAUUUUGUCCAGCGGUGUUUAAAGGGCGGCACAUGGACCAACAAGCGUUGUGUUCUUCUAACAUGUCCCGUACAUGACCCGAAGAUUUUCAGAUGGUACAACUGCACGCUGGGCAGUACGUUUGGUAGUGUGUGCAGGCUCGCCUGCCCUGGCGAAAAGGUAGGAGCAUAUUAUAUAUAUCACGAAUCUGUUCUGCCAUCGAGAGAUGGAUUAACUUGAGAGGUGGUCGGGGAUAGGUGGGUAGUCAGAGGGCGCCCUCCCAGACUCAUCAAACAAGGGUGCAAGUGGAGUGUCAAUCAAACCCAUUUUAUGGAUUUGGAAAGGCAAUUAUUAAUACAAAAACAAAAAUAAAAUAGAGACAUGACCAAAGCAACCAAAGCACGAUGAACAAGAGGUCCUUGGUAAUGAUCGACCAAAGAGAUGAUGGACGACCAAAGAGAUGAGGGACGAUCCCCAUUUGUAUACAGACCAUUCAUAAGGAAAACCAUCUUCCCAAGGUCACCUAGACCACAGAAUAGAGACCAUACAGAAGUCUGACUUCCUGUCGGCGCCUAUGAUUUUGGUGUAACCGUCGCAAUGCUGUUGCCAUCCAUGUUGCAAGCCAGUGUGCUUACGAGAGGCAUUCACCCCCCUGAAAAUAUUCAAAACGGCUGACGCUCAGGGGGGAACAUGGCGAGUGCAUUUUGAUGACGAAUCAUUGCGAAUCAUGGCGGACUUCUGUAUGGUCUCUAUUCUGUGCCUGGUAUGGUCUCUAUUCUGUGCCUGGUAUAUAUAUAAAAUAAAUGAAGCAUAAUUUUCUACUUUCAACCCAAUUUUAGGUUCGCGAGGUAAGAUGCGGUGCGGAAGGAAAAUGGGACAAGAAAUUGCAGUUCUGUUCAACGAAGGGAUCAUGUCCUCAGCCAAAUCUCAACGAAGGCAUUCUGUCCAAAGGCUGUGGUAAACAUCCCAGACCUAGGGACGAGUGUGAAAUCACGUGCGGUACAAGAUUAAUGGCGCCUGUUGUCCAGGUACGUAUAAAUGAAUAUUCAAUGUUUAAUGGAGGGGCUUAGCCCCCUCUUUUUUCUUACUUUUUUCAAAGUUGGGGGACUUUAGACCACCUAGUCUAUCGCCUAUGACGAACAUUGUAAAUGAAACUACAUAAUCAAAUGUUAUUUGUUCACCUUGAUAUUUCAGGGCGACAGUUUAAAGAGAGAGGUCAAGGCUAUAGUGUGUUCACCAUUUCUGCAGUGGUAUCCAGAUUUAAGCGCGAUAAGAUGUAUUGCAAAAUGUCAACCUGACUUGUUCCAAGAUGAGUAUUGUGACGGAAUUAACAAUAACGAAGAAUGUCAGUUUGAUGGAGGUGAUUGCUGUGAUCCUGACAGCUCUUGCAGUGGCAAUGACUGUGAAUGCAGAGAUGUGACGUCACCUAAUUAUGGUCCAAUAGCGUCUAGUGGAGAUGAUGACCGGAACUCCAGCUAAUUCUGUGAGAGAUUGAAGCCAAACUCUCGAGUGUAAUUUUUUUACAUUUUAGACAUAAUCAGGAGCCGCUGCGAAAAAUGCGACUACAGCAACCAUGGCAAUUAGCCAUUCCGAAGUUGAUGAGAGGACUGGGGACGAAUGUUAAAAAAGUGCCCAUAUUCAGUAUCGAAACCAGAGCCUGCAAUCCUCUGUGGAGGCUUGCUGCGGCUCUGGGAAACACCAGCGAAAGUCGGGCUCUGAUUGGUUGUUCAAGUAAUAUUACGUAAUUUUACUAAAAGUUCGUAAGGCUCUGCGGAUGAGAGUGAUUUCUCUUUGUGUAUUAUGUUUAAACAUAUCAAUGAAACACACAGCAUAACUUUAAUAAACUUAUUAAACUUCCCUAGCUUCUCGUAUGAAAUCAAUACACUAUUCUGAUAUCGAUAUGCCAAUAACAAAAUUUAGAAAAACAACAGUGCAGCAUUACCAUAUAAGGACAUAAGGUCAUUAUAAGCCAUUGCUUGUAAUAUUUAAAAUAACACAACAAUCCAUGAUUUACCGUAAUUAAACAAGUUAAAAUAAAUCACUACCAGUAUCUUACAACAAUUCAAAACCAUGGUAAGUGUUCUUUGAAGAAUUAAAGUCGUAAUAAGCUUAAACAACGGCAUAAUUCAUGUUUGAAGGCAGUAAUGUCUAUUUAUAAAUGUCGAGCGGAGUACUGGAUCCAAAUGUACUGAUUUUCGUGCAAAAGUCGCCGGUGUUUCCCAGAGCCUAAGCAAGCCUCCACGGAGGAUUGCGGGUUCUGGUUUCGAGAUUGGCCCAAAUUAAGAAAUGAACCAAAUCACUAAAAAGACCACCUCAAAAUUAGUAAGUAUACAAAGUUUGAAGACAUUUACAUGAAUACCCUUCGAACAAUAAGCUUUCGAAAAUCGCGAUAUUUACUAUGAAAUGUACUGUAAUUUUUGUUUUGGGGGACGCGCGUCCCAAAAACAAUAAUUUCACAAUUUUCGAAAGCUUAUUAUUCGAACGAUAUUCAUGGAAACGUCUUCAAACUUUGUAUACUCACUAGUUUUGAGGUGGUCUUUUUAGUGAUUUGGUUCAUUUCUUAAUUUGGGCACUUUUUAACACUCGUCCCCAAUUCACUCAUCGUCCCCAGUUCACACUUCGGAAUGGCUAAUGACCCUGCUUCGUUUCCUGCCAGAGGGCAUACAGUUGCAUUUUUCGCAGCUUUUCCUAAUUUGGUCUAAAAAUUUAUAAAUUUUACACUCGAGAUUUCCAUCUACCAUUCAUCAUUCUGUUCAGACAGUUCGUUGUUGGCCCGUUAUCAUCCAACAGUGUUGAAAUAUUUUAUUGCACUGUUUAUUUUUUAAUAUUUGCGAAAGAAACAGUAAAAAUAUGAUUUCAACAUUGUUGGAUCGAGCUGGGCUUGGAAUAUGAUUGAUUAAGAAGCAUUUUUUUUCAAUGUCACGUAUUUGCAAUGAAAAGUGUUCAAAACCUAAAAUCUUUUUGGCGUUCCUCUCAAAAUUACUUUGUUUUAGCUUUAUUCUCUAGUUUAUAGAGUUAGCUACCUUUUUAAAUGCAUCUGCCGGUUGAGAAACAUAAAAUAAUAAUCAAUGAUGCUUUAAAAUUGACGCCAUAUUUAAGCAAAACUUACUGAACUUCAGACAUCAUUUUCUCUUUGGCGUAUCAUCUAUAAUCUCUUCAUUUUGGCAUUAUUUUACAGAUAAAGCACUGAACAUACUUUUUAAGUUUGUUUGCCGAUUGAGAAACGUAUCGAAAAAUAAAAAAAUUGAAUUUAGUCAUAACCUCAAGCGAUAUAUUAUACGCAUUAGUUUUGAGCGCGUGUUACGUAACAUACAAAAAAAUCUCCUCUUAAUAUAUAAUCACUGUAGUACUUUAGUUUGGCUUCAAAGUAAUUUCACAGAGUACAUGGAUUGCUGACUGGCGGUUGCAAGCCCUGAUGUAUUUUUUUUAUCAGGAAACGAUGCCGCAUAAUAUUACACAUACAUUUAUGUAACUUGGGAAGGACAAUUUUAUAUUUGUGAUGAUAACGUACUCGAACACGUUCAUAUUGACGGAUGGCAAAUUAAGUAAAUUAAUAUUUUAUACUCAGUCAUAUUCAUAUUGUGAUUAAAAUAUAAUUUAUCAAUAUAACUGUUC